AUGAAAGAGUACGAGCGCAUCGAAUGGUUAUCAGGGCCUAAACAACUCAGUGAGGCAAAAAUCUUGCACAUCGAGAAAGAUGUGGCAUUCCAUCUUGGCGAGUUGCAGCGAGGUUUUGCCGACGGAUCGCUCGACGAAAAUGAAAUUGAGAAUAUUGACGAAACCCACUUCAUCGUAGACUUUGACAACGGCAAGACGCUUGGCUCUUCUGGCGACAAGACUGUCAAGUAUGCCGACGUCGUAUCUGGAGAUGAAGGAAUGGCAAUGGUCGUCCGUCUAUCCGGAGGCCCAAGCGCGCGUUAUUUCCCACCUACAGACCUCUGCCAACCAGCGGACUCGUUCGUAAUCUCUAAGAUAAAGGACGCAUGGAAGGUCAAGUGGAACGAAAAGAAGACGGAAUUGACCAAAGCGAGUUGUUGGCAAAAUAAGAUUAAGAAGGAUGCACUUAAGUAA